UUUUAGUAUAUACUAGAUUUCAAAAUACUCUUAAAACUUCUAUCAUCUAUACUUAAAUUAUUUAUCAAAGUCUUAGGAUAUAUUCUAUCUAGAGAAAUUUUUUUAUUAACUUUAUUUGCUAACUUUAUUUUGUAUAAUACUUCCAAAUAUAAAUAUGGUAUUCUUAAGCUUUUGGUUUUUCAUCAUCUAUUUUAGCAACUAGUUGAGAUGCUUUUGCAAUUUGAAAUUUUUAAAAUUGAAAACAAGCAAAAAAACCUGCUUGAUAACCUGGGGAUUUUUAGGCAUUUAGCUAAUCUAAUACUACUUCUUUUAACUGCUAUUUUACACCACUGCUUAUUUAACAUUCGUUUAUUUUCUGGGUAUCUAUUAUGUGCUAGGCAGUGUACUAGAAGGAAGCCUACACAUUGCUUGUAGUCCCAUGAGUAUAGAGUGCUAUCAUGUUGUACUGUGAUUAUGUGUGUGAUGUAAUCUCGGUUGCUACUUAAUACUGAAGUUGCAAAUAUUUUUAUGAGUUGUAUCUGUUUUUCUUUUUUUGUUUGUUUAACUUUUGCCAGUUUUUGACUGAAAGAUGUGAAAGAAUAUGUUGAAGAGAGAUGAGAGACUGAUUGUGUGUGUAUUUGUGGGAAGAGGAGAAGUAGAUGAGCAGAAACUGGGCUAAACCCAGUCACUUCAAAAAUUAAAGCUUUGGGCUGGAAAACUAUAUGGAUUCUAAGCUCAGACUCUCAGAGAUAAUAUGAAUCCUGGAAUUCCUUAGGUAGCUAGCUAUAUGUUCUCAGUUUCUCUUUUUGAUGUCCUGUAGUCACGGCUUGUUACAGCUUUUCUCAGUGGCCUUGAUAACUAGGGAUACUGUUUCUCAUUUGAUCUAAGUUCUUUGGCUUCUCUGAAUUCAUUUAUGGCCUCCCACAGUUGGAGUAUGGCCUUCACUUACUGUUGUUUGGAAGCCUGCUUUAUCCCUGGUGAGAUUACUUUUUCCCAUCACACUCAGUGUAGUGCUCUCUCCCUCUCUUUUUUAAAUUGUAGUUGACACACAACAUUGUAUUAGUUUCAGGCGUACAAAUUAAUGAUUUGACAACUUUGUAUGUUAUGCUGUUCUUACCACAAGUGUAGGUACUGUCUGUCACCAGACAACUCUAGCACAUUUUUUUUGAGAAGGGUUUCUUUAACUACUAGCCAAGGAGCAUUGUUGCCUAUACCUAUCUUUUAAGGUUGUACAAUUCUUAAUAGUCUUGCAUGUGUUUGUAUCAAUAUCUGGUGAGCGGAGUGGAUAUGUAAUUAUUAAGUGAUCAACCUAUUGAUAAUUGGAUUUUUGAUCUAGUAUGUCCAAACUGAAAAAGCUUGGGAGAAACCCUUUGGUAUCAACUGGCAGAAUGCUUUUUAAAACAAUUUUUUAAGUUCAUUUAUUUUGAGAGAGAGAGAGCACAUGAACGAGAGAACACAAGUGGGGUAGGGGUAAAGAGAGAGGAAGAGAGAGAAUCCUAAGCAGACUCCCCACUGUCAGCGCAGAGCCUGAUGUGGGGCUUGAGAUCAUGAACUGCGAGUUUAUGACCUGCAUCGAAAUUGAGAGUCAGAUGCUUAACUAACUGAACCAGUCAGGUGUCCCCGGGGUGCUUUUUUAUAGUUACUUUGUUUAGUGUGGAUAAGGGAUCGUUUUUUGUUUUCUGUUAAGGAUGAAAUAGUAAAUACUUUGGACUCCGUGAGCCAUACAGUCUGUCACAAUGACUCGACUCUGACGUAAUGCAAAAGCAACUAUAGUCAAUAAUUAAAUGAAGUAAGUGAAGAAAACAAGAAGAUGGAGAUUCAGGCUAAGAGAGUUCAAGCUCGUUUAGAUAAUUUACAGAGGAAAUAUGAGUUUAUGACAAUACAGAGACUGAAAGGAAAUUCCCAUGCUGCUAACGAAAUGAAAAGUUUAAGACAAGAAAAAGUACCAGUCUCAAAAACUCACAAGGUACCACUUAAUGCACAAGUUUAUGAACUUUUAACUGUCUUCAUGGACUGGAUUUCAGAUCACCACCUUAGUAAAUUAAAAAGCGAAGAAUCUGGAAUGGAUGGUGAAAAGCCCCUACUGAAAUUUGCUUCUCAGAGAAAUGAUAUUCAGGAGAAGUGUAUAAAGCUUUUGCCUGUGAUUACAGAGCAGUUACAGUGGAUGCCAUUUGUGAAUGCCAAACUUCAUCAGCCUUUUGUAAAAUUUAUAUAUUGGUCUCUAAGGCAGCUAGAUGCUGGAACACAGCAUUCAACUAUGACAUCAACAUUGAGGAGACUGGGUGAAGACAUAUUCAAAGGAGUAGUAACUAAGGGAAUUCAGGAUAAUUCUUUAGACCAUUCAGUGGAGAAUAAACCAAAGACAGCUGCUUUCUUUAAGAGCUCCAAUUUACCAUUGAGAUUUUUAUCAACUUUAAUUGUUCUCAAAACAGUCACUCAAGCUGACUACCUGGCUCAGGCGUUUGAUUCUCUGUGUUUAGACCUGAAGACAGAUGAAGGAAAAAUCUUGUUUUUGGAGUAUCAAGCUGUUCCAGUAAUACUAAAUCAUCUAAGAAUAUCCAGUAAAGGCCUCCUCUCCAAUGUCAUUGAUAGUUUGCUUCAGAUGACAGUGGAAUCUAAAUCUUUGCAGCCUUUCCUGGAAGCCUGUAGCAACACUUUAUUUUUUCGUACUUGCUCAGUGCUGCUUCGAGCCCCUAAGCUUGAUCUUCAAAUACUAGAAAAGCUCAGUAUUAUUCUGCAGAAACUUUCCAAAAUCAAGAGUAAUAAGAAGCUCUUUGAACUUUUUACAAUUCAUCUGAUGCUUCAAGAAAUGCAAAGGACAACACAUCCAGAGCAUGCCUUUCUCUGUAUUAACUUAAAUUCAACUCUGUUCAAUUUGGGUUUAACAAAAUGCAACUCCUUGGCCUCCAGUGCAAGCCAUUAGAAUAGCUUAAUAUUAUUUUAUAUAAAUUAUAUAUGUGUUGCUUAUUUGUAAGAUUGUAAAAAUCACCAAAGUAACUAAAAGUCUACCAAGUAAAGUUAUCAGUAGCAUCAUUUAUCAUGAAAAAUAUAAUUUUUUUUCACUUUUAAGUUGAAUCUAUAGAAGCUAUGGAAUUUUUGGACUGUUUCAGUUCAGUUGAGGUAGUACUUACUAAUGUACAAAAUGGAAUUUCCAGAAUUAGUGAUACUGGGGUUACUUUUUGUAAGAGUGUUUUAGGAAAAGUUUUUAAAUUAUGUGAUUAUUUGGAAUAAAAUUGGUGUUUAUGUGGGAAAGAGGAUUAGAUCAUGUUGUCAUUCUUUCUCAAAAUAUCAACAGUUUCCCCUUUCAGAAGCAAAAGUAUAUAAGUUAAAAAAAAUCUUUUUAAUGUUUAUUUUUGAGAGAGAGAGAGAGAGCAUGAAUGGAGGCAAGGGGUAGAGAGAGAGAGGGAGACAGACACAGAAUAAGAAGCAGGCUCCAGGCUCCGAGCCUCAGCACAGAGCCCAACGUGGGGCUGGAACCCACAAACCGUAAGAUCAUGACCUUGAGCCGAAGUCAGAAGCUUAACCACCUGAGCCACCCAGGCACCCCAAAAGUAUAUGUUUUAACUGCCAUCCUCAUACUAUAACUUUUGUGUAUAUCCUAGAUUCACAAAAACUGAUUUUUUAUUGUGCUGUUCACAGAGUAAAGAAUUUUUUCUAUUAUUUUUUCCAAAAUAAUUUAAUCAUCACCAAACUAUAUAUGUACCAUAGAUGGGUUUUUAAAAAAAAAAAAAACAUAAAAAUAUCUUAGUCUCCCAACACCCAGGGAUAUCUCUUGCUAUAUAACCCAAGAUGGGUGAAGUAGCCACAGGUCUGGGUGAGGUGGAUGGAGAUGGUGGGAGUUGGGACAGAAUACUGAGAAACACAGAAAAGGAGCAUUGUCCUAAAUUAUGCUGUAUCAGUAUAUAUUCUCAUUUCCAGAAGUGGAGAAAUUUUCAGGAAACACUUGGGCCUCUUCAGAUGAGUAUAAAAAAUGUGCUGUUUGUGAAGCAGAAACAGAAAGCCAUAAAGAGAGAACAGGUUGAGUAUAGUGACACUUUAAGGAACUAAAGAAUGCAGAAGGAGAAAUGCACAGCAGACACAAAAAUAUACCAUCACUGAUAUGGCAAAAGAUAGAAUCAGUGUCACGAGAAAAAAGAGUAGCUCUCACAAGUACCUUGAGAUGGUACCAACGAGAGAGUGGACAGCCGAUGGAAGAGCAAAGGUUGGCACUUGAGCCUGGCGUAUUUGAUGUUUCUGAAGAAAAGAACAGAACAGAUAGAGCAAAAGUACUGCUCAGAGAUAUAGUUGAACAAAGAUUUUGGGGCACCAAAGAAAGAUCUGCAUGUAUGGAUUGAAAGAGCACAUCGUGUUCCAGAAAAAUCAAUGAGAAAAGCAUUCUAUAAUUAGAUGCAUCCUAUAAUUUAAAAAUGAACUGUAAUUUAAUUCUAAGUAUUAUGAGGAUAAAGGCAAGAACAAACAAAAGCCAGUUACCUGCAAGAGAAGAAAAACCAAGUUAGCCUCAUGCAAUGCCAGAAGUUGAUAGGAAACUACCCUCUCAUGUUUUGGAGAGGAAAAGUUUUACUUAAAGAAUUUAUACCUAGUGAAGAUGCUUUCACAGAUGAAGACAAUGGAAGAAAGACAUUUUCAGAUAUGUAAGUGUUUAGAAAGGAUACCAUGUCUUGAGACAAGAAGCUGCUUACUUAGAUCAUUCCAACCAACUUAGACAUGAAGGGAAAUUGGAUUUAUUAAAUCCACCUCAUACCACAAGACUAGUGAAACUGAAAUCACAUAAGCAUAAAUAAAUGUAAUUAAUUAUUGUAAAUUUGUAAAAUGGGGUGAAGUGUUAAAUUUUUCAAAAGGAUAAAAAAUGGGAAAAGCAAUAAUUUAGUGAUAUUUGGAUAAACUAUAUUAACUGAUGUUAAAAACUGAGAAUUAAUGGAGCCCAGAGAUUGAAGCACAGAUGGAAGAGCUAGUGAGUAAAGUCUUCCAUAUUUUCAUGAGAAAUAGAGUCAGAAUGUUCCAUAUCAAAAUUAACUUUGACAGAGAAAAGAAGGAUAAAGGCAUGUUUGUCAAAAAUGUCAGGGUAACUACUAUCAAAGGCAGGAUCAAUAUUCUCAAAACACUGAAGAAUAAAAAGAAAAUACAUAGUCAUAGCAAAAAAAUAGAAGCCAGGAACUUGUAAAGAAUAAAAAUAUUUAUUAGGAUAAGUAAAAGUGUUUUUUUAAUGUUAUAAAUUCUUUAUUACCCUGUUCUGAUAAAUUUGAAAAUCUGGAUGAAAUAAACUAUUUUCUAGAAAAAAAUUUAUAAAAAUCAUAUCAAGAAAUAUGCAAUAUGGGACAUCUGGAUAUCUCAGUUCGUUAAGUGUCAACUUCGGCUCAGGUCAUGAUCUCACGGUUUGUGAAUUGAGCCCCACAUCGGGCUCUGUGCUGACAGCUUGGAGCCUGGAGCCUGCUUCAGAUUCUGUGUCUCCUUCUCUCUCUGACCCUCCCCCACUCACACUCUUGUCUCUCUCUCUCUCAAAAAUACUAAAAAAAUUAAGAAAUAUGCAAUAGAAAAUUAUUGAAGUCUUUGAUAAAAUUACGGAAGAAUUCUUUUUAAGUUUAUUUAUUUUGAGACAGAGUGUGGGCAUGCAUGUGGGGAGCAGGGGAGGCGCAGAGAGAGAGGGAGAGAGAGAACCCCAAGCAGGUUCUGUGCUGUCAGUGCAGAAUUCUACACAGAGCUUUAUCUCACAAGCAUGAGAUCAUGAUCUGAGCCAAAAUCAAGAGUUGGACACUUAACCGACUGAGCCACCCAGGCAUCCCAGAAUUCUUUUUAAAAAUGACAUCAAGUCCAGGUGUUUUACAGGAGAAUUGUUUUGACAUUUUAAGGUGAAAAUAUUUAAAGCUGUUUAAACUGUCCCAGAAUGUAGAAAAAGCAUCCUAAUUCAUUUUAUACAGUUAGCAUGAACCCAGUAGCAAAAAUUGUCAAAGGAAGUAGGAAAGAAUUUAACAGAUUAAAAAGUCUAAAGAAUUAUGAACAAGUCAAUACCAACCAUGUAUCACCAGAACAAUCCAUGACCAAGUAGGCUAGCAUGCAUUCUAGAAAUACAAAGUUGGAAAUUGUGGUUUAUAUACACAAUGGAAUACUACGUGGCAAUGAGAAAGAAUGAAAUAUGACCUUUUGUAGCAACGUGGAUGGAAAUGGAGAGUGUUAUGCUAAGUGAAAUAAGUCAUACAGAGAAGGACAGACUCCAUAUGUUUUCACUCAUAUGUGGAUCCUGAGAAACUUAACUUAAUGGUGUUCUACCAUGGGGGAGGGGAAGGAAAAAAAAUGGUUAGAGAGGGAGGGAACCAAAACAUAAGAGAUUUCUAAAAACUGAGAACAAACUGAGGGUUUAUGGGGGGGGUGGAGGGAGGAGUGGGUGGGUGAUGGGUAUUGAGGAGGGCACCUAUUGGGAUGAGCACUGGGUGUUGUAUGGAAACCAAUUUGACAAUAAAUUUCAUAUAAAAAAAAAUAAAGUAAAAUACUGACUAUAAAAAAAAGAAAUACAAAGUUGGCUUUCUGGUAAGAAUAAUAUAUUUUAGUGUAUUUUUAUAAUAAAGGGGGAAAGUCACACAGUCUUAAUAAAUGCCUAAAAGGUUAUAAUUCAACUCCUAUCCCUGAUAUAUGCUUAAAGGAAUAUGAAAUCAACAACAAAUUUAUGAAGCACUACAUACAUGCUUAAGGUUAGGAAUAAAAUUAAGGAGUCCAGUGAGGAAGUGUAACUUUGGGAAAGGAAAAAAACAAUCAUUUGCAGAUAAAUGUGAUUAUCCGGAAAAUGGUAAGAUUCUUACAAAACUUCAUCAAGAUACCCAGUUGUAAAAUAAACAUAUUAAAAGCAAAAGCUUUUAUAUAUUCCAGCAAUAAAUAAUUAGAAAUUGUUUUUACUUAUAAUAAUGCAUUUAAUAAUUUAAUUAACUUUUAUAAAAUAUGAAACAAACAUGAUAGAAAUGUUCAGAACCUAAAUGAGGGACUGCCAAAUGUUUGCUGAGGAAUAUCAAAGAAGACUUAAUGAUAUACCAUGUUUCUGGAUGAAGGGACUUGAUUUUGUUGAGAUGUCAGAUCUCCCCAAAUUACUUCCUAUAUUUCAACCAAAAUUAAUUUCAGUCAGAAUUCUAAAAGAAUUCUUUUUAGAAAUUGAAAAAAAAUUCUAAAGCGUAUCUGGACUUCAAAUAACCAGGCAAUAUUAGAGAAAGAAGUUUUUGAAAAUAAUCAUAGCUAAUAUUUGUUAACUGUUUUAAGUACUGGACACUGAUCUACAUUUUUACAUGUAUGAUUUAAUCCUUAUAAGCACUUUGAGACGGGUCUUACAAUCAUUGCCAGUUUACAGAUUGGAAAAGAAACAGCCUCGGGGAGACCUGAGAGGCUGGCUAAACUAAGCCACUAUUACUUAUAUGACUGGAAGUAAUCUACACAAAGGGAGAUAAUGGGGACAAAGUCAAUACGAGAUUUUUAGCCAUAUUAUACUUGUGGCUCAAGGCCGUGCAUUUUCCUUCUCUCCCAACAUCCAAAUUCUAUGGGAAUAAGAGAAGAAAUACUUCUAAAGUACAUAAAGUUAAAUAGAAAAUUUUUGUUUCCAGCAGUGUGGUAUGCUACACUUAUCCUCCAAGUGCAGUACUGCUAAGAAUGUUGAGGAUACACACACACACACACACACACACACACACACACACACACCCCUGAGCAAAUGGCAAAGUAAAAAAAUUCCUUGGAGGCCCGAAAUGAUGAUAAAUAUAAAAUCAAAAGGGUAAUUGAGGACUGGAGCCCAGUGUUUCCCCUCAGGUACCUGCCAAUCACUAGUAGCCAAGGUAGGCAUAUGGGGCAGAAGGCAAAGACUUGAAACGAUCAAGAUGGUAGAUUGAACCAGUGAUCCCUGCAUAAAGUUAGGACUCCUGAAGGACAGUGUGUGUGAUAGAAUUAGGGAAAGCCCUAUUCUGCAGAGGGAGAAAGUGGGAAUGCCUGUCUCAGCUUUGACUCUGGGAAGGAAAUCUCUCCUGGAAUUCCUAACUACCUGUCCACAUUUACAUGGACAUGGGACUUGAAUUUGUUGGCAGUCAAAAUAGUUAAGCAGAGAAUCUGGUUGAAAUGAGUCCCAGACUGGUUACCCUUAGGUGCCUGAUCGAAGAAGCAUCCCAGACCUUAGAAGUUUACUCAGAUAAGGUGCAGAGCAACAUGAGUUCACAGUGAACACACAUACACAAAGCUAUAAGUGAGAGCAGAAAUUGACUCACAAUUGAGAUACCGAAUUACAACAUAAAGUACGUUCAAUAGGUUUAAAGAAACAAGGUCAUUAGAAAUCUAAUGAAGAAACAAAAGGUAGAAAAACGGCUAGUAAGUUUUGAAAAGUAACUUCAUAGAAGUGAAAAUAUUGAAUUAGAAAUUCAAUGGAUAUGGUUUAGAAGAAAAUUGGUUAUAGAAAUUAUACAGAAUGCCUAUAAAGAAACAAAAAUCUAAAAGAUGUAAUAAAUGAAGGAAAAAGCAUAAGGAGAUCUAAUAUACAUGUUAAAUGGGUUCCAGAAGGAGGGAAUAGGGCAGAUAUAAUGUGUGAAAAAAUGAUAAGGAUUGAGAAUAAAUUAUUGAGAACUGAUGAAAAAUAUGAAUCCCUAGUUCAAGAACCCGAAUGAAUUAACAGAAAGAUAAAACAAAGAUAUAAAAACAUCAUAUAGAAAAUGAAAGAACAACAAAGACGGAGUAGAAACUUAAAAGCAGCCAGAGAUAAGACAGAUUAAUUUCAAAGCAGCAACAUAGAUCAAAAAUGACUUUGAACAACAACUGGUCCAUUAAAUGGUGGAAUAUUUUCAAUGUACUAAAGAACAAUGACUGUCAAAGUAGAAUUUUCCUACUCCUCAAAAUAUCUUUCAAGAACAGUGGCAAGGUAAAGACAUUUCAGAGAAACUAAAUAUUUACUACCAAUAAACUACAUUUAGGGGAAUUUCUAAAGGAUGUACUUUAGGAAGAAGCAAAACGCUCUCCGGAAGUUGAAGAGGUGAGAUGACACCAAAGAAAAUGGUAAAUGUGACUAUAGCAACUUAUAAAAUAGCCAUAUUUAAUUUGGUUAGAAAAGAACUAAAACCCAGGACACGAACAGCAACUCAGGAAUGGGGUAACUAGAAUUAGAGUUAAAAUGUUCUUUUGUUUUUAAAAAAAUUUUUUUUUAAUUUUUACUUAUUUUUGAGAGAGAGAGUGCAAGCAGUGGAGGGGCUGAGAGAGAGGGAGGGAGGAUCUGAAGCAGGCUCCAGGCUCCCAGCUGUCAGCACAGGGCCUGAUGCCAGGCUCGAACUCACAAACAGUGAGGUCAUGUCCAGAGCUGAAGUAGGAAGCUUAACCGACUGAGCCAUCCAGGUGCCCCAGAGUUAAAGUGUUUUAAGUUAUUAUGUUGCUUACCAAAGUAACUCAAACUUUUAAAUUAAACAUGAUGUUAAAAUUUCUAGAUAAACCACCAAAAGAUUAAAAACAAUAAUUUCUAUACUAAUAAAAGAGGUAGAGGACUCUACCAAUGAAGGCAUGAAAAAAAUAAGGGAAAAAAGGAAAUCUAUAUAAAAUAAGAUAGUAGAAGUUAAUCCAAUUACAUCAGUAAUCACAAUCAAUAUAAAUGGAUUAAACUCACCAGUCGAGGCAAUGAUUAUUGGAGUGGAUUUUAAAAAUUCAGCUAUAAAUUGUUUUCAAGAGCCAUUCUAAAAACAUAAGGACACAGAAAGAGUGAAAAUAAAACAGUGGGAGAAAAAAGAUACACGGACAAGACAUAUCCAAAAAAAAAAAAAAAAAGAAAAAAGAA